CUGUGGAGGUGGAAGAGAUCAAGAAACCGGGUACUCGACUCUGGGUAUUUAUUAUCGAUCAUUCCUGGAUCUGUCUCAGUUUCUGUCUUACGAUCUCAUCUCCCAUACGGUUAAAAAAUUAAUAAACUUAAAAUAUGAGUAAAGAUCAGAAAAAAGUUGUGAUGAAUUUUGGUGCUGGACCUGGUAAACUUCCUGAAGAGGUCCUCAAAGAGGCACAAAAUGAAUUUAUGAAUUUUAAUGAUACUGGAAUAAGUAUUUUGGAGCUGAGUCAUAGAUCCGGAGACUAUGCUAAAGUAAAUCAGAAUGCACAAGAUUGUCUUCGAGAACUUUUAAACAUUCCAAGCAAUUAUAAAAUUUUGUUCAUGCAAGGCGGAGGAACUGGUCUCUUUGCUGCAGUGCCUCUCAACCUCAUGAGUAAGACAGGAACGGCCGAUUAUAUUGUAACUGGUUCUUGGUCUUCGAAAGCUGCCAAAGAAGCUGAAAAAUAUGGCAAAGUAAAUAUUGUCCAUAAAAAAAUGAGUAAAUAUACUGGAAUACCAGAUGUAUCGACGUGGAAUCUUGAUCCAAAUGCUUCGUACUUGUAUUACUGUGCCAACGAAACGAUUCACGGAGUUGAAUUUGAUUUUGUACCUGAAACAAAUGGAGUUCCUGUUGUUGCCGACAUGUCUUCAAAUAUUCUUACCCGUAAAUUUGACGUUUCUAAGUUUGGAAUAAUUUAUGCUGGAGCUCAAAAAAAUUUCGGACCGUCCGGAGUGACUGUUGUUAUUGUCCGUGAAGAUCUUUUGGGCAAUCCUAUGACAGUGUGCCCGUCUGUCCUUGAUUUUACAGUCGCAGCACAAAAUAAUUCAAUCUACAACACCCCACCAACCUUCCAAGUUUACUUUAUCGGACGUGUAUUUGAAUGGAUUAAAAGAAAUGGGGGAGUAGAAGGAAUGGAAGAACGUGCUAUAAAAAAGAGUAAACUUAUUUAUGAUGUUAUUGAAAAGUCUAAUGGAUUUUACUCGUGUCCAAUUGAACCUAAAGCUAGAAGUCGCAUGAACUUGCCAUUUAGAAUCGGCAACGACAACGAAGAGUUGGAGAAAGAAUUUCUUGCGGGUGCCAGUAAACUCGGAAUGCUUCAACUUAAAGGCCAUAGAUCCGUUGGAGGAAUACGAGCAUCUUUAUACAAUGCAGUUACUUUUGAAGAAGCCAAAGCACUUGCUGACUAUAUGGAAAAAUUCCAUAAAACUCAUGGCAAAUAAAAAUAAUUGAUAUCACACUCGUUUUAUACAACAACACACUCCAUAUUUUAUUAAAAAAUUAUCAAUAAUGUUAUUUUAUAUACAGGUUACUUUUGUCAAGAGUUAAUAAAGCAUAAUUUUUAUUAUAAAAAAUA